AUGUCUUCUUCUUCACAACAAAUAAUUAUUUUAAUUUUUUUAUUUAAUUAUUUAAUUAAUAUUAUUUUGGCUGAAAAUAAUUGUGACACAAAACAAUCUUUAAAUUCUUAUUUAAGUUGUCUUAAAGGAGAAUUAGACAAAGAAUAUUCUUCUUUUGAAGAAGAAUUAAAAUUACAUACAAGAAAAGCAGCAAGUGUUUGCUUUGCACAAAAUAUUGCAGAUGCAAAUAGUCAAGAACGUUGUGUUCUUUCUGUUUCUGAUUUGGAACAAAAAGCUUGGGAUAGAAAUGGCCCUCUGAGGGAUUGCUCUAUUUGUAGAACUUUUGCCACUGGAGCAAUUAAAGCAAUAUUGUCAACCCCAGCUGAUGAACAAAAAUGUAUUAGAGAACAAAUAAGUAAAGCAAUAGCUGUUGAAUCAGAAAGUUGUUUACGUAAAAAAGUACAGGACUUUGGAGGUAUUCCAGAGAUUCCUGAUUUGGAAGAAGGGGGUUCUGGACUUCGAGAAGAAGUAAUAGAUUCAAUUUCUGAUUAUAUUUGGAUACAUUCUCGACUUGCAUUUUGUGCUGAACGUAAACCUGAACGUGCAGCUAAAACUAGAGAAUGUUUAAAAUCGCCAUUUCUUGGAUUUUACUCAAAACAUUGCAGAGUACUAAAUUCGUGUGAUCAAAUUGGUGCUCAAACAGCAGAAUGUGUUACUCAAUUAAAAACAACAAAAGCCGCAGUCUGUGCAUGUAUUGAUGAAGCUAGAGAUGAUUUAAAACAAAGAAUUGCUGGUAUAGCUGAUGCUAUUAAAGAAGCAGUUGAUGGUAGUGGGUCUAGGGCUGCCCCUUCUAUCGGAUCUGGUUCUAAAGUAGAUCAAUGUGUUUCUAAUAUUAAAAGACAAUUAAUAACGUCAACAAAUGAUUGGGCAUCUACUAUAGAUAAUGCACUUAAUAAUUGUAUUAAAAAUAAACCAAAUAGCCAAAAUUUGGGUAUAGAUUCUUUACUUAAUGUUGGGUGUAGAAAGAUAAUUGCUGAUACAACAGGGAAUGCUCAAAUACAAAUCAAAGCUGGAUUUGAAUUUGUAAAUAAUUUAGUAGAUUCUAUGGUAGAAAGAUCGAGACGUUUUUGUGGGGGAACACAUUGUGAUUCUAAUUAA